AUGACUGGUAGUAUGAUGUCUGAGAAACCGGUUCUAAAAGUUACAUCCUCUAAUAUUAAUUCCAUGUGGCUCAAUUGGAAGAAUCCACACGCUGUCAUGGAUUUAGGCACGGAAUCCGAGUCUGGCAUUGCAUUAGAAAUGCGACGACAGAAAAAUCGAGAAUCCAUGCGACGAUCGCGUCAACGACAACGUGAUCAAUUGCAAUGUUUACGUGAUGCUGUGAUGGAGUUAGAACGACAGUAUCAAGUGCUUCGAUUACGUUCGGAUCCAUCCAACACAUCAACUGGACAAUUGAAUUGGACACCAAGUGAUUCCAAAUAUGCUCAAGCUGUUGAAUUGUCCAAGCAAUUAGGUGCCGAGAAUUUAUACCUCAAGGCAUCGAUACAAUCUCAAGCAUCGUGGAAAUUAGAGCUUCGACGAGUGAUUGAAACGACCGUUGUUUUGGAUGAAUACAUUGCAUCGAAACCACCUUCUCCCUUUCCUUUUCAGCUAAAAAUGAUGAAUGAACAAGAAGCUGCAUCAGUGUUUGGAUUCCACACAUUUACGGAACGAGAUGUAAAGGACGUGAUUCUUCAAAACACAAAAUCCAUCAAGCGGGUACAGCAUCAAUUGCUAAGCAGUAGUCACUUGAACCAUCGUAGUGACAAUUACGACACCAACAAAACGGAUGAGAAAGGAUUGAUGGAUGAAGGUUCCGGACCGAUUAAUCAGUCGGAACUAUUUGGAUGGGACUUGCGUCGACGCGUCCGAGGUAGUGACAUGGAGUUUGUCUUUACCAAGCGAUUUAAAAAAUUAUCCGUCUCGGAGAUCAUGCAGAAGUCCUGGGUCAAUGAAAUGCACUUGGAGGGCGCGCAGAUGGUCAAAUAUGACAUUCAGAGGCUCGAAAUGCUGCAAGAAGUAAACACGAAUGCUUAUGUACUUGGUCGAGACGUUCGAUCUCCAGAUGAAUCACCUGUGUUUCGAACCACUUUACUAAGGUAUCGAAUGGAGACAAGUAGCGCCGUGUUUCCAAAUGACGCGUUUCUUGCCGAUGAAGAAGUUGAAACAAACUCGAAUCUGCGAGCUACUGGUUUUGUCAUUGGAACGCAAAGUCUAAAUCCAGCAGAUGACUCUGGUGCUAAACUGCUUCCGGAACGUGCUGGCAUUGAACCGUCAGCGCCACUGGUGUGGGCGGAGCUAGCACACUCGAUUGAAAUGCUACAAGUGUUUGAUUGCGUUACUGGCGAAGACAAGUACGUGCAGGUGCAAUGGUCUGGUAAGAACAAUUACGGCUCGACCUUUGACGCGCAUCGUAACGCGGCUGAUAUGGUGACGACGCUCAUGCGUUGGGAACUUGGCACAAUUGCACCGGCCAUUCAAUUGAUCCCAAGCUCGGAUGAUACUGAACCAAAGGCAAAGUAG